AUCGCAACAGCGCUGGUGGCACAUGCGGAUGGACCAGAGCGCCAAGGUAUUCCCCACCACCGAUGGCGACUCGCAUUCCACCCACAGCUCCCAGAGCCGCACGGUCGGUCGACCACCUGGUUUCAUGGACUUUGACGACGAAGAUGCAGAUGGAUUUGUCACAACGCAAGUCACGUCCUUUUCCCCGCGCCAAAACUGGUCGGACAUCGAGGCCAAGUUGAUGGAAAACGUGGCAUUCCAUCUGGACGACAAUGUGGCCGGGUCGGCGGCAUCCAAACCCCACACCUCACAAGACGAAAGCGACGACGAGAUCGUGGAUGGAUUUCUUAGCGAGAACCCCGAGUACCAGCAAUCGAAUUUGGAGAAGAAGCUCGAACGGUACAGCGCCCAGUUGCAAGUCAUGAAAGGUCGUAUGGCCAAGUGGCAGGCGCGCCAGACGGCGUACCAGGACUGUAUCAAGCAGCUCGAGGCGCAGUUGAAAGACCAAGAGGCUGCAUUUGUCGAGCAGGAACAAGCGUGGGAAAAGGAAGCCAUGGCAAUGACGUCGCAAUUUCAGCGACACCCCAACGCGUUUCAAACCAUCGUCCACAGCAACGCCGGUCGGGAAGAACUCGAGCGCCAACGGGCCAAAGAAGCCCUGCGCCAAAUGAUCCAUGGCGCGGUCGAGUUUGACCAAGACGAGAUGAACGACGACGAUGUCGGCAGCGUGCGCAAGUCGCGACGGCAGCGCUUUGUGUUGCUCUUGCGGCGGCUAAGCCCGUUUGUCCACGACGUCAAGCAAAUCGAGGCCCGGUUUGGCACGAGUGUGUCAGCGUACUUUGGAUUUUGCCGGUGGGUGAUCUUCAACUACAUGCUCCUCGUCCUCCCGACCGUGUACAACCUCACGAUUCACAUGCUCGAGCUGGUCAACCACAACUACUCGGAGUGGGGGCUCUUCACUGGCACGACGCCGACAUUUCUGCUGUACCCGAGCUACACCUCCAACGAAUCCGUCCACUACUCGGUGUACUUGACCGCUGUGUGCGCAUGCUUUUUGGUCAUGUCGUCGCACAAGUGGCUGCGAGAAGACCGCGUCGCGAAGCUCGUGCAGGCAUCGGAUGAGCGGCACCAUUACAAAUUUGGCAAACUUAUCUUGAACGCAUGGGACUUUGAAACGUCGUCGCCACAGGACGCAGCGGAUUUGCGCACGGGCAUCGGCGAAGCUCUCGAAGUCGCGCUCUACGACGACAUCAAGCAGGAAAUGAUUCGAACGCGCAGCAAAGAGGACCGAUAUCGGCUGUACGCGCGUCGAUCGGUCGCGACGUUGGUGUACUUGACGACGCAGGGCACGUGUUGGGCUCUGAUCGUCCUUCUCACGGUGUUUUCGUCGAAAUUGCAACUCGCGAUCAAGCAGCAAGUGCCGGCGCUAACUGCGUACGCCACCAGCGUUGUGCCGCUGGGGGUAGCUGCCAUCAACGGCGCGCUGCCGACAAUCAUAUCGCUCCUGACCAAGUUUGAAAAGUGGGACGACCAAGGAUUCGAAAUCAAGGCCAUGGUGACGCGUCUUUUCCUCGCCAAAGUGCUCAACAUCCUCAUCCAGCUCUGGUCGUACGGCAUGCUGUUGGACCCGUACAUGCUGACGACGGACGUCGCGCCACUCGAGUGGCUGCCGCUGCCCUUCGAGAUCCGAUCGAGUGUGAUGAUCAAGUUCAAGAGCGACACGUACAAGUGCCGCGCAGAGCAAGUCGCGUCCGGGCUCAUCAUCUUGGUCUGGACCGACUUUGCAGUGUCCAAGGUGUCGGGCAUUGCGACAGCCUCCAUCAAGAUUGGCGUCGACAAGCUCAAGCGAUGGCGGGCAACGAAGCGCGCCGUGUCGAAGGCAGACGCGGCGCCGUCGGACACGCGAGCCGAGUUUCUCAUUGCGCCGAAAAUGGUCGCGCUCAUGUAUUCGUGCACGCUGUACCAGUUUUCGAUCCCCCUCGCGCCCGUGACUGCCAUCACGUCGCUCGUCAUGCUCAUCCUGAGCUUCAAAUUCGACAAGUUCUACCUCCAGACAUUUCAAAAGAAGCCGAUGACGCCAUGGAGCGCCAAAGACGCUGGCACGUUCUUCAUCAAGCUGUACUGGACAACGGUGCUCAUCUUCCUCACUUGCAUGCACUGGUUUCUCUCAAAUGCGACGCUGCCCAAGACGUGCGGUCUGCAAGAAGCCAACCUCUCGAGCUCCCUCUGUACGCCGGGCACGUUCGACGAUGCCACAGCGGUGUGCUCCAUACGCUCCACCAAGCAUCACACCAUGAGGGCGUACUUUUUGUCGCAGGUCGAAUCGACGGACGACUUGUCCGAGUGUAAGGCGGGGUACCCUGCCUGUGUGUGCAAUACCAUGCUGGCAUGCGGCCCGUUUGUGAACGAAUACGCUGGCUACGAUCCUCUGGCCCAGCUGCUCUCGACUUACGACGGCGUCAAGAUUGUGUUUGACUUGUCGACCAACCAACUUGUGUUUGUGUGGGUCCUCGUGGGUUUUCUCUUCAUGCAGGUCAUGCUGAAACGCAACUCGGUGGAAGCGAUCGAGCUGGUCAGCUCCAUGAAAGACCAAGAGAACAAGAGCCAGCUCAGUGUGCUGCUGAAGAAACUCCAAGCGCAGGACAAAAGGCUCAAGCUCCAGCGGAUCCAGACUUAGCGUCCGAUGCAUAACGGAACCACUAGACUGCGAGAAAGCCGUACAGAUCCGCCGAUCACGACGCUUCCACCAUCGACAUGGUUGCGUGGGAGCUGAGUCCCGGUUUUUCUGCCAAGGAAUCUCGAAACGACUGCGCGUCGCGUUAGUUUGGGACAUUCGUUUCAACGGUUGUGGCGGCGACGACUCACUUGCCAUCGCGACUUGGACCGACCAAAUCGUGGUGUCGCUCGCAGUCGAGACCUCUGGCUGCAUGAACCCGUGGACGGCACGUCACUGGCCGGUGGCGAGUCGCCUGGCUAGUUGUCGCUUGAGUUUCUUGGCGGAUGUCGUGAUUCGUUUUUUUCCAAACUUCUUGUCCGCCACGAUCUUGUGCAUUUGCUUUUUCUUGACGGCGUAAAUGUCGUCGGCAACGAGCGCUUCCACCGAUGGAACCGCGGCGGCAAUGUGGCCCAUGUGUUGCACGGCCAGCGCGAGUCGAUGCUCGCGCUCUUGUCGCAAGUCGUAGGUCCAAAAUAGCGACGCCAGCACCCCCGACGUGGUGUCCGCGUCGUCAUCCUUGACCACGACGUGGUUGUGCAUGCUGCCAUGGCCGUGCAGAACGCGUUGCAGGCGUUCAAAUGCUUGGUGAAACAAGUAGUUGCAAUCGCGAAGGCGGAAUAUCGACGUGAAUUCGACAUCGCACUAUGGCAAACCGUCUGUCAGCAUCCAAGACGACUAUACCAGCGGUGGCCAUGCACGAAGCGUCUGUGAAUACCUUGAGCGGAGGGUCGUGCUCGGGCAGCCGCAGCCUGAGCACAGUUCGAUUGUUAAACGUUUUGGCGCAUCCAAAGCGCUCGAAGAAGCGCAAGAGCAACGUGGCCGCGCCGUCACGCGGGUUGGAUGCUGCGACGACGUGAGUCACCAUGCAGUACAGUCGAAAGCUCCCAAUUCCGCCUUCGUACGGCUUGUUUAUUCCGUUUUGGUACAAGAAUUCCUUCAACAACACCUGCGCCACCAACAACGUCAACGAUUUUCCAGCUUCGAUGUACGACAACGACGACGACAUUGCGCGCGUCACUCUGGGAGCGGAUGCCCGCUUACCACUAAGGUGUUGAAUUCGGGGUGGUGUGCGGCGUACCACGCGACGAUUUGAUCGCCAGGCGAUGGCUUCUCCAUGCCCACGCUCACGUCAACCUCAAUGUUGGAUGUUCUCUACCAAGACAAAUUUGAGUGCCUGAAGGAACAAGAAUGCAUACGAGACGACGGUGGCGAGCGAGGCUGCCAUCAUGCCGACUCCACCAGCUAGCACGACGUACAUGAAUCACGUUGAUGAUUGGGACCUUGGCCAGCCGGCGCACUUCGAUAGAGAACGACGGAUGGGCUUGGCGCAACGCCCGCGCCGCUUUGUGCAGGAAACGCACGCACUGGUUGCGCUCGGCCCUCGUCAUGACCACCUUGUUCUCUGGGAGAUUGGAGGCGGCAAGUCCUGAUUGCAACGUCGCCACUUGGACGUGUGUUUUACGCGACGGCGCGGGUGCUUUGUGGGUGAUGAAAUUGAACUGCAUGGCGCUGAUGUCGAAAUCUGCGUCGUGCCCGUCAAAGAACGAGUGACCCGAGUCGUACUCGUCGUCGUCGUCGUCGUACAUGGCGCUCGUGUACACCACCGCUUCCGACGACGGCGGUGGCACGACUUCGAUCGUGAGGUCAAUAUCGCUGCGAAAUGUGGCCAAGGACGAUGUCGCUGUGGCAAGCGACCCGAACAGGUGGAACUGGAGUUCGUGGGAAUGGUGAAAUGUCGAACGGAUUGUGUCCGAUAUGACGCGGACAAUCUCACGUCGGGCUGUGAUCUCUUGGGGCUUGACACUCAAGUAUGCUGCCAUGCGCUCGAGCUCUUCGUUUGGGCACACCACCGUGUUCGAGUCUACUUUGCGAAGCCAUGGUGGAAACUCUGUGCGCCAUAGAUGGCUGUGUCGAAGGCCGCGGGGCUGGUCCGAUUUGUGCUUCUUACGACGAGGAGAUGGAGCGACAGCAAUAGCGUCGGAGAUGCCCUGUCCGUUUUGAAUGUGCAAGUAAUGCUGUUCGUCGUCCUCGUUGCCGUGACUGAAGUCAUCGUCGCUCCAGUUCGACCGUCGUUUCUUCGACGACGCCUUCUUCGCCUCGUACUUGCGAGCAUGAUUCGUGGAAGUGGACCUUCCACAGUCCUCCAAGUCGGACGAGGACGCAUAUACCUGCACCGCUUGUCGGUUGAAGCCACGCCGCUUGGUCCGUUGCGGUGGAGCCAUCACGUCUGCUCCAAUCUCGUGGGUGGCCUUUCGAUUGGCACGUUUUUUGAAAUUCAAAAUCGGAUUGGAU